AUGUUUCAUCACGCCCCCACGGGGGCGUUCGCGCGCGCCGGACCUCCGCCGCGUCAGCCGUCCGUGGGCGGCACCAGGAUGCUCGACGGGCGAGGGGCGAACGUCGACGCCGGGCGACGACGAGACGGCGAUCAGGAUGAGUUUCGUGUGCGGCGUCCGGUGGCGAGGUACAGCGGGAACAGAGAGACUUUAUCAAAAGUGACGCGAUGCGUCGCGGAGCAGUUGCUCGAUGAGAGUGUUCCGAUGGACGACGACGACGAGCGAGCGGCGGAGCGGGCGUUUCAUAGCGUACACGACUUAGUGCACUACGCGAUCCUGUCCCAGCCGACAAGUGCGGCGAGCCUGAGAAUGAUUUAUUCCAUCUGUCAGAAAGAAGGGCGAAUAGCGAGCAAGCACGGAAACGGGUCGAGGUUGAUCACGGCGAACGAACACUGGAAAUCGCAGAUUAGACACGCGCUGUACACUUCACCGAGAUUCAGGCGUUUGGGGAACGACGAUUGGGGCGUCGCCGCCGGACAUCAAGUCAUGCCAGACACCACGACGGUGUUCGUGAGCAAGGCUGAGAAACGUAGUUCAGCGACAUCGAGUGCGCCGUCGUCGACGCUUGGGGGGAAGUGUGGAUCGCCCCCACCCAAGUCAUUAAAAAAGCGACGUAUGCCACGCAUGCUCGUUCCAGGAAAUUCGAAUGAGAUGCCGAGCUGGGAAGCGGAUGACUAUCGCUCGUCCGCCGAGCCAGAGACUGUGUCCAUGUCCACUCUCGAGGGCGACCCGACGAACUUGAAGCUCAUGCGUACUGCCAGCGGGGCGCAGAGCGGGAGCGCUCACAGUGCGCGUUCGACGGAGACCAGGAUCGGCAGGGCUGAACAACGAGAGUUUGCGGCCAGUCCAAAGACGCGAACGCCGUCGAGGUCGCCGUCGAGGUCACCAUCGACGUCACCUGAACCACGCGAGAGCUCGACUUUGGUCGUCGUCGCUGGUUUGUUGGAACAGUACAAUGGUAAGGUGACGUUCGCUCCACGCAAUUUCCGUCGCAACAGACGCAAGCCCGUGGGCGGGGGACAUCACGCCGCCAUGCCAGCGGACAGCGAGUGCCGAGUCGAUGGGUCGACGUACGCAGUCGCGAGCUUUGAACACUGGUGA